ACCUGCGGUCCACAUAGGUGGAAGAGGUUAGAGACAGACAUGCCUUUACGUUGUGUGUUUUUAACGUAGGGGAUAGAGUCACAGCGUAUUAGCAUAAAGCGUAACAGUACCUGCGCUUUACCUGAGCCGCUCACAUCCACCUGCUGGCCGCUGGGAACUGGUGUCUGGCGGCACGUCUGCAGCCAAAGACGGACAGACUGUCACUGGCAAAUGAAAUGAGGUUUUACUCCUUUAGAUUUGGAUGUCUGCUAGCUUUCGCGUGUAUUGCUUCGCUUACUUGGAUUAAAUCGAUUCCCAGUGAUGGAGGUUCAGAAAUAUCACCAGACCUGCAGACCCUCUACGAGCGUCUGUUGGUGGCUGAGCAGUUGGGAGGGCAGGUCAGCAGGGAUCUCAGCAGCAUCCUGGAACAGCUGAAGAACAAAUCCAAAGCUGCCAACAUCACCUAUCCCACCAGUAACAAUUCUAGCUACAUUUCCACAGAAAUAAUAAGGCAGGAGACCGCCAAAUCAGGCCAGCAGACAUUCCUCCUGCCCAACAUUUACCUUUACAUGCCCCACCUCAGACAACAUCCAGACAGCCUGCUACCAAAUGUGGUCCUGGGGCAGGGACGCCGUGGAGUGUCCAUGGUGCUGGGCAUUCCUACAGUGAAGCGUGAGAAGCAGAGCUACCUGGUCAACACACUCAGCUCUCUGCUCUACAGCCUGACGUCUUUGCAGCAGCAAGAUCUCCUUAUAAUUGUCUUUGUUGCUGAGACGGACUCAGACUAUGUGGACAGCAUAGCAAAGACCAUCAACAAGACUUUUCCUAAGGAGGUGCGGUCCGGCCUGUUGGAGGUUGUCUCUCCUUCUCAGUUUUACUACCCCGACUUCAACAGUCUCAGAGAGACCUUUGGAGACUCCAAGGAAAGAGUCAAAUGGCGAACAAAGCAGAAUCUGGACUUCAGCUUUCUCAUGCUCUAUGCUCAGGACAAAGGAACCUAUUAUGUUCAGUUAGAAGAUGAUGUUGUUGCCAAGGCAAACUACUUCGAUGACAUGAAGACCUUCGCCGUGAAGGAGGACUCCAAGCAAUGGCUCUUCCUGGAGUUCUCCCAGCUUGGAUUUAUAGGCAAGAUGUUUCGAACCCGUGACCUCCCGAUGAUCGCAGAGUUCUUCCUGAUGUUCCACAGAGACAAACCCAUCGACUGGCUGUUAGAACACAUACUGUGGGUGAAAGUUUGCAACCCAGAGAAAGACGCAAAACACUGUAAUGAACAGAAGGCGUUGCUCAAGCAGAGGUACAAGCCUUCCCUCUUCCAGCACGUCGGCCUCCAUUCUUCUCUGCCUGGGAAGUUACAGCGCCUAAAGGAUAAGGACUUCGGGAAGCAGACUCUGUACCAGGCUCACAAUAACCCAGCUGCAGAGCUGAGCACCAGCCUGAAGCAUUACCAGCAGCACAGCCUGGAAAGGGCUUACAAAGGAGAGGACUUUUUCUGGGCAUUAACACCCAUCAAGGAUGACUACAUCCUCUUCAGCUUUCCCCAGCCAAUCCACAUUCUCAGGUACCUGUUUCGCAGCGGAAAUAUUGAGACCAGUGGAGAUAAAUUCCACAACACCACAGUGGAAGUGUGGCCCAGCAAUGCGUCGGCCCGACAGAGAAUAUUGGCUGGCUCGUCUUCUUCCUACAAAGUAUCUGAUCAGGACUUCAUCAUUAUCGGUGCGUUUGAGAACGGAAUAGCUGAGGGGGAGAUUGAAGAGGUGCUGCAGCCAAUCUCAGCACUACGCCUGGUGGUCCACUCUGACGCUGAUGUCUGGGCUCUGCUGAGUGAGAUACUCAUUAAAGUUUGAAGACCGCAGACGCAGAGGAAACCACGGACACACACUGCCAUCAAGGCCAGUGCGUCACCUGAGCAAACUGCUCCACCUGCUGGAUAAAGACUUUCCCUACAGGAACUUUUAUUUAUAAGGAUUACAUGAAGUGCCUUAACCGACUGUGACUGUGGCCCAUGAGGAACGAGGACCCACAUUUGUGUUUAAGGUCACACAGUUUGAAUUAAAACUGCAAUAUUAAACAUGCUGUGUUAUGGAAUAUGAAGGGAAUCCAGCUCUCUUGUGAGCUGACUGAAUUGGUCACAUUGCUGGCUCAGAGUAGCUGUUUAAAGACACUCCACUUAUCAAAGAGUUCACUGCUAAAACAGCAGAGCUCCUCCAUGAGUAAUUUAUUAUGCUAUUACAUUAUAUUUUGUUGUAACAAAUAAAGAAAAAA